UUAUCUCCCUCCCUCCCUUUCUCUCUUUUCCUCCCCUUCCUUUCCUUUUCCUUCCUUCCUCCCCUCCCCUCUCUUCUUUUCUUUCUUGGAGUCUCACUCUAUUGCCCAGGCUGGAGUGCAAUGACACGAUCUCCGCUCAUUGCAACCUCCGCCUCCUGGGGUCAAGCGAUUCUCCUACUUCAGCCUCUCGAGUAGCUGGGAUUACAGGUGCAUGCCACCAUGCCCGGCUAAUUUUUGUAUUUUUAAUAGAGAUGGAGUUUCACCAUGCCGGCCAGGCUGGUCUCGAACUCCUAACCUCGUGAUCCGCCUGCCUCCGCCUCCCAAAGUGCUGGGAUUACAGGUGUGAGCCACCGCGCCCAGCCUCCUUCACUUUUUUUUCAAAAGCGAGAGCACCCUCACGUACACUGGGAGCUCACUUGAGCACCUUGGUGCUUCGCCAGUGAAGGAGGGCUUGGGAGCCGCUUUGACCGUCAUUAAAACAGCAUUUCAAUGAUAAUACAUCAAAAAUGUAGUAAUAUGAAAACUGAAAAACUCCAGUGAUGUUUCAAAGCAAUGCAGUUUAAAAAACCAAUUCAAUCCAUUAACCAAAAUAAACUUGGGGGAAACAACGCAUUUUCUAUGCUGGCAAGCAGAUGUCCAAGACUGCGUCUGUCUGGGGUGAAAAUGCAGGUUGCAUCCUGCAGAAAGCCAGCAUGGGGACGGGCUGCUCACCUCCCAGGGCGGCAAGGCAGCCGCUGACUCCAGCAGGCCUUGAAACCUCCCCUGCAAACGUGAGUAUCGUCUCAGGCAGCGCGGCCGCCAAGGUCUCACUGUAUCAUUCCAAAGCGGGCGAAUUUCGAAACAUCCAGCUGCUGGCAGCAGUAGCAGCACCCACCAUGAGGCUCCAGGCAUUCGGAUGCCGCCAGCGAGGCCAGCAAGCCCACCUUUCCCUGAGCUGCAGUUCGGCUUUCUUCCUCCAGGAGCAGGGAGGUGGCUUCAGGAACCCGCUGGAGGAGACAAGGAGUCUCCGUGGUCUCAGCCCUCGCUUUGCGCAUGGGCUCUGGCCUCGGCACCGGGGCAUCUCCAUCCUCCCGAGGGCAGUCGGAGGCUGAAUGUCUUCAACAGGAGCACAGGCAGGAAAGAGCUCAGAUGUGCUCAGGGCCGGGGUCCACCCCUGUUCUGUGAGAGGAAGGCUGUGAAAAUCCAAGAGACAAUGUCAAAGCCUUGUUUUCCAACACGCUGGCCUGCGCGCCCUACGCUUUAUGCAGAUGAGAGAUGGCGCAAGCACAGGCCUGCUCGCCACAGGCUUUAUGCAGAUGAGGGAUGACGCAGGCACAGGCCUGCGCGCAGGGCUUUAGGCAGAGGAGGCAUGAGGCAGGCACAGGCCUUUGCGCCGCACGCUUUAUGCAGAUGAGGGACGACGCCAGGCACAGGUCUGGGCGCCUCAGGCUUUAUGCGGAUGAGGGAUGACGCCACGCACAGCGCCUCACGCUUUAUGCAGAUAAGGGAUGACGCAGGCACAGGCCUGCGCGCUACCCGCUUUACGUAGAUGAGGGAUGACGCAGGCACAGGCCUGCGCGCCGCACGCUUUACGUAGAUGAGGGAUGGCGCAGGUACAGGCCUGCGUGCCUCACGUUUUAUGUACAUGAGGGAUGACGCAGGCACAGGAAUUGGCACAACCUGAAGUCAGCUCUGCAGCUUUCCAAGCUUCGUUCUGCGUGUCCUGUACUCAACAGUCAUCUCAUGCUGCAGGGUGGCUGCGUGUGCUCCGUACAUCACACCCAUAUUUCAGAGUGAAACACACAGAGAACAGAAAGUCACUAUCUGCAGCUUCACUGUGCUGCUAGGAACUUUGCAGCACACAAGGCUGAGCUGAUUUUAACUCACUAAUUAUGAUGCUCUGGGGAAGUGCCUUGGUAACUGACUGAGUCCCUCACUAGGAAAACAUCAGAACUAUCCAAUAACUCCAGGCGGGCACCCAUGGAGGGGCACAAGUGUAAUUGCUGAACUAUCUGAACCAUUCUGUGACGUGGGCAAACUGAGAAGGGUGAUCUGGCAGGAAAGGCGAGACCCCACGAGGGAGAUGACCCCGUGCUAAUUCCGUUUCUGUCACUGUCUAUGAACUCGGAAAAGUAACCGUUUCUGUCACUGUUUUUAUAUGAACUUGGGAAAGUAACUUUUCUCUGGAUCCCAACAUGAAAUUUGACUAUAAAAGCCGAGGAAGAUGGAGGAGGAAAUGAGCAGAAGAAAAAGAAGAAAAACAGGAAGCACAAGAAUGUUAAACCCAUAGAGCUCCUUCCCACGACACAGUGCCUCCUCACAGCUCAGCGUCUCCUCACAGCGCCUCCCCAUGGCAUGGCGCCUCCCGACAGCACGGCGCCUCUGGUGGCACAGCGCCUCCUCACAGUUCAGCGCCUCCUCACAGUUCAGCACAGCACCUCCCCACGGCACAGCACCUCCUCGCAGUUCAGCGCCUCCUCGCGGCACAGCGCCUCCUCGCGGCUCAGCGCCUCCUCGCGGCACAGCUCCUCCUCGCGGCUCAGCGCCUCCCCGCGGCACAGCGCCUCCCCGCGGCACAGCGCCUCCCCACGGCACAGCGCCUCCCCAUGGCACAGCACCUCCUUGCAGUUCAGCGCCUCCUCACGGCUCAGCGCCUCCCCACGGCACAGCACCUCACUGCACAGCGCCUCCCCAUGGCACAGCACCUCACUGCACAGCGCCUCCUCACGGCUCAGCGCCUCCUCACAGUUCAGUGCCUCCCAUGGCACAGCACCUCACUGCACAGCGCCUCCUCACGGCACAGCGCCUCCCCACGGCACAGCGCCUCCCCACGGCUCAGCGCCUCCCCACGGCUCAGCGCCUCCUCACAGUUCAGUGUCUCACCACUACUCAGCGCCUCCUCACGGCACAGCGCCUCCUCACGGCACAGCACCUCACUGCACAGCGCCUCCUCACGGCUCAGCGCCUCCCCACGGCACAGCACCUCCUUGCAGUUCAGCGCCUCCUCACGGCUCAGCGCCUCCCCAUGGCACAGCACCUCACUGCACAGCACCUCACUGCACAGCGCCUCCUCACGGCACAGCGCCUCCUCACGGCACAGCGCCUCCUCACGGCUCAGCGCCUCCUCACGGCUCAGCGCCUCCCCACGGCUCAGCGCCUCCCCACAGCACAGCGCCUCCUCACAGUUCAGUGUCUCACCACUACUCAGCGCCUCCUCACGGCACAGCGCCGCCUCCACGGCACAGCACCUCACUGCACAGCGCCUCCUCACGGCUCAGUGCCUCCCCACGGCACAGCACCUCCUUGCAGUUCAGCGCCUCCUCACGGCACAGCACCUCACUGCACAGCGCCUCCUCACGGCUCAGCGCCUCCUCACAGUUCAGUGCCUCCCAUGGCACAGCACCUCACUGCACAGCGCCUCCUCACGGCUCAGUGCCUCCUCACGGCUCAGCACCUCACUGCACAGCGCCUCCUCACAGCUCAGCGCCUCCCCACGGCACAGCACCUCCUCACAGUUCAGUGUCUCACCACUACUCAGCGCCUCCUCACCGCGCCUCCCCACAGCACGGCGCCUCCUCAUUCCGGGGGCACGGAUUGCAGAGAAGUUGCGCUGGAGGAAAUGACAUGCAAGGAAGCCUUACAAUAACCCAGUCGGGAAAUGGUGGGACCCACAUGAAGCAGCUCAGCAGGCGCGGAAAGGCAGCGCAGGCUCCGGAAAUGUUGAAAUAGAGGCGUCAAUGUGUGUUGGAAGGACCACACCCAUGACGUGGAGAUGAGCGAUUGUGGCGGCACAGGGACCCCUCUAUGCGAGGCAAAGAGGGAUUCUGGAACCCCUGGCUGUAGUCUACGAAGGGCAGCAUCCAGGAAAUUGGCAGUUAACAGCAGUGGAGGGUGGAAGGGACAGGACUGCAAAAUGGCAUUGGCCUCGAAGAAAGGCUCUUACGGGUGGAAAAGUGGGUUUAGAAGUUGUGUUAGGGAAUUGGUAGACACCAUGCCAGUGUGAUGAAAUGAGCAGACACUACCUGAAAAUCAACCACGUAACGUUCAGUUAUUCCAUUCCAACCCAUGUCCUGUUUUUUCUUGAACAGUGCAAACAUUAGUACACACUUCAAUUAUUCUUAUCAUCAUAUUUUGCAGACAUUCCUGGAGCGGGACAGCCUCCUGGGAGUGUUUACAGAACAGAGGGGAAGGGAUUAUGCCAGCGUAAAAAUUCCCCUCCAGAGCUUGGCAUGUAAAACUUCGAUUUCAUUUUGCUUACCAAGAAGCAGUGCAAGGCCAAGCAUAGUGACUCAUAUCUGUAAUCCCAGCACUUUGAGAUGUAUGAGGCAGGCGGAUUACUUGGGCCCAGGAGUUUGAGACCAGGCUGGGCAACAUAGUGAGACACCUGACUCUACAAAAAAUAGAAAAAGUAACUGGUCAUGGUGGUGUGUGUCUGCAGUCCCAGCCACUUGGGAGGCUGAGGUGGGAGAAUCACCUGAACCCAGGUGGGAAAGUCAAGGCUGCAGUCAGCCAUGAUUGCACCACUGCACUCCAGCUGGGGUGACAGAACAAGACCCUGUCUUUAAAAAAAAAAAAAAGCAGGACUGCAGAAGUUAGUUGCUGUGCUAAUUUAUGACACAUCUGGUUCAGACACGCUGCUCUGAUUAAAUAUGAAGUUCACACCCCAGUGUGGGCAGCCUGUGGCAAGUAUGCAGAUAAAGGAUUUAACAAAGCACUGCGAUAUUACAUUUCAGUGCGACAGAGAGCGUCUCAGCAGCUGUCUGUAUUUUGUGCCUGCUGCCAAUUGAGAUGUGAAAAUUGUCAGACUAUUUCUAAAUGGAAAUCUAGGCAUUCACAGUAAUGAACAUGUGAAUAAAAAAAUAAGAAAAACCUC